AUGAACGUGAAUGAUGGCGUUUGCAAUUACGAGGAGUGCUGCGACGGGAGUGAUGAAUGGGCGAAGGUCGGUGGCACAAAGUGUGAAGAUCGAUGCAAAGAUGUUGGGAAGGAGUGGAGAAAGCAAGACGAACAGCGCAAGCGCUCCCUUGGUGCAGCGUCGAAAAAAAGGAGAGAAUUGGCCGCAGAGGCUGAGAAGUUAAGCAAAGAGGUUGCGGAUAGGAUCGAAACGCUACAGACACUGAUUCAAGGGGACCAAUUGAAGAUAGAGGGCCUGGAGUCACAACUAGCCGAAGUGGAAAGGCAAGAAAGAGGGAGAGUGAUAAAGAAGCCGGAGAAAGGGGGCACGCUAGGCGUACUGGUCCAGCUGGCAAGAGAUAGGAUCGGAGAAUUAAGAGACUCCGUGGUAGAAUUGCGGAGACAGCGCGAUCUGGGCCGGGAGAGGGUCGCGGAACUUGAAGCAAUAUUGUCGACAUUCAAAGAGGAGUACAACCCUAACUUCAACGACGAAGGUGUGAAGCGGGCUGUACGUAGCUGGGAAGAUUAUGCAGCGAAAGACAAAGCCGAGAUUGAUAAUCCUGCGUAUGAUCGAGACCUGGAUGAAAUUGCAAAGCCAGAUGGUGAAUCAGGAGCCAUUGAUUGGAGCGAGUGGGAACGGCAAGAAGACAGCGAUGUCGAUGUCUUAUACAAAUUUGAAGCAUAUUUACCGCCCUCGUUCCGCGAUUGGCUUGACAAAAAGCUUCGCAAUUUGCGUAUCAUAUUGAUCGAGAAUGGCAUACUGGCCCCUUCUCGCGAUUCAGGAGAGUCCAAAGACCUUGAGAAUGCGCGAAGCGCUCUGAAGGCUGCGCAAGAUGUUAUAGAGAGCAAUCAGAAGCAGCUACAGGAGCAUAGAGAAGACCUUGCUAAAGACUACGGUGCUGAUUCAGUGUUUCGUGCAUUGAAGGGACAAUGUGUAGAAAAGGACAGCGGCGAAUAUACCUAUGAGCUAUGCUGGCUGACGAAAACGACGCAAAAGAGCAAGAAGGGUGGUGGUUAUACCAACAUGGGCAGUUUCGUGUCUUUCGAUGUUAUCACCGUCGAUGAAGAACUGCCACCUGAUGGCAAGGGUCUUGGCAAGGGCGAAAAAGUUGCCUUGAAAUAUGAGAAUGGCCAGCAUUGCUGGAAUGGACCUAACAGGAGCAGCAUGAUAAUUCUUGCGUGCGCGGAAAAGAACGAGUUAUGGAGGAUUGUGGAAGAGGAGAAAUGUGUGUACAGGAUGGAGGCCGGUUCCCCUGCGGUCUGUGGUAUUGAUGUUUCGAAUGACAAACAACAAACCAAGGAUGAACUAUAG